CAGGGGGAGAAAUCGUUAUGUCUGAGGCUCUUUAUGAAAAGUUCCUCGCCCCCGAGGAACCCUUUCCACUGCUAUCGCAGCGAGGGAACUUCAGUGAGGCAGGCACGUUGGAUGUUAGUGACUUUGGCUUUCAGUUGUCGUCUUGUCACCGGACAGACCCUCUGCGCCGCUUCCAUAGUAACAGGUAAGACCUGAUACCUGUUUUUUGGCUUGCGUAACACCUUUCAAAACAAGACAGUAAUGUUAGUGUAACUUAGUUGUUCAUAUAGGCUAAACCAACCACACCAAAAUGGUCAAUUUUGUUGAUUGUUUUCAGAUGGAACCUGACUUCCUGUGGAACCAGUGUGGCCAGCUCAGAAUGCAGCGAGGAACUGUUCUCCUCCGUCUCCGUGGGAGACCAGGAGGACUGCUACUCCCUCCUGGACGACCAGGAGUUCACCUCCUUCGACCUGUUCCCAGAGGGCAGCGUCUGCAGCGAUGUGUCCUCCUCUAUCAGCACUUACUGGGACUGGUCAGACAGUGAAUUUGAGUGGCAGGUAGGCUAGGCCCAAUGUGAUGACAAAUAUUAUUGGCAGCGUAUGUUGGUAGUUGUUACAUUUGGAGUAAUAACGUUUUUGGUUUAUCCACAGUUGCCUGGAAGCGACAUAGCCAGUGGAAGUGAUGUGCUCUCUGACAUCAUACCCAGUGUUCCCAGCUCCCCAUGCCUUUCCUCCAAGAGAAAGACCAAACCACAUAGAAAUCUGGAUGAGCUCCCCUGGAGUGCUAUGACCAAUGAUGAACAGGUAUGGAAACCUGCUCUCAAAUUUACAAUGCCAUGAAUUGUAAAGCAGCAGUUGCAGAUGUGUUUCAUGCUUUGUCUGCCUCUCAGGUGGAAUAUAUUGAAUAUCUGAGCAGAAAAGUCAGCACGGAGAUGGGGCUACGAGAGCAGUUGGACAUCAUCAAGAUCAUUGACCCGUGUGCACAGAUAUCCCCCACAGACAGCGAGUUUAUCAUCGAGCUCAACUGCCUGACGGACGAAAAACUGAAACAGGUGAGUGAAUAGCUCAAUAUGACAACAUUUUUCUACUUGGAUUGUGACACCAUGUGCUGGGUAGUGUACUUCGAUCUAAAUGAGCAUACUUUUCAGAAGUGUGUUGAACCUGAGGCCUAAACAUUCAUAUCGAACAGGUGAGGAACUACAUCCGGGAGCACAGUCCACGACAGCGCCCAAGCAGCACCCGGGACAGCUGGAAGAGGAGUGGCCACAGCAGUGCUAGCACCAGCGGGGUGAGUGGGGCCAGCAGCAGCAACGCUAGCAUGGUCAGCAGUGCCAGCAGCUCUACCGGAUCCACAGGCUCUACCGGCAACUCUGCCUCCAACUGCAGCGCGGCUAACAUCAGCCGCGCCCACAGCGACGGGAACCUGUCCAGUGCCGCUGAGCGCAUCCGGGACUCCAAGGUAAGGAAGGGGCUUCACUCUGACUGUUAGAGUACACUAUGGCUGGUAUUGUGCUCCUCCUCGUCGAAUACUUAAAUGUACCAGUGUUUUCAUUUGCCAGUAAUUGCUGGCUUUUGGCAGAUAAAAAAACAUAAAAAACAACUAAUAAAAACAUUGCCGGACACAUUGCCCAGCAGAAAAUAUCCUGAUGGAAAUGAAUCUCCUUUAUACACACAUUGGCUAUGCAUAGUUGGUUUAGUUUGUCUUUCAAUCGCAUCAUCAUUACUCUUCCUGUCUACUCUGCCUGUCUGUCUUGAGCUUGCACUCGCUAGUGAACUUGCAAAUUUGUAUCAACUUGUACUGGCAGCAAUGUUUCCCGCGCCAUUAUGUCGGUGACCGACACAGCUGGGAUAUUGUGUGUAGAUUGAGGGGGAAAAAACUAUUUAAUCCAUUUUAGAAUAAGGCUGUAACGUAACAGAAUGUGGAAAAAGUCAAGGGGUCCGAAUACUUCCUGAAUGCACUACACUACCGUUCAAAAGUUUGGGGUCACUUAGAAAUGUCCUUGGCAGCUUCAUUAAAUAGUACCCGCAAAACACCAGUUGCAAAGAAAAAGCCAUAUCUCAGACUGGCCAAUAAAAGAUUAAGAUGGGCAGUCUGAGAUAUAUAUUUUUCUUUGCAACUCUGCCAAGAAGGUCAGCAUCUUCAUUGUUGACGUUGAGACUGGUGUCUUCACUAUUAUUCUACAAUGUAGAAAAUAGUAAAAAUAAAGAAAAACCCUUGAAUGAGUAGGUGUUCUAAAACUUUUGACCGUGUGUGUGUGUGUGUGUGUGUAUACAGUUGAAGUCGGAAAUUUACAUACACAUAGGUUGGAGUCAUUUAAACUUGUUUUUCAACCACUCCACAAAUUUCUUGUUAACAAACUAUAGCUUUGGCAAAUCGGUUAGCAUGACACAAGUAAUUUUUCCAACAAUUGUUUAUAGACAGAUUAUUUCAAUUAUAAUUCACUGUAUCACAAUUCCAGUGGGUCAGAAGUUUACAUACACUAAGUCGACUGUGCCUUUUAAACAGCUUGGAAAAUUCCAGAAAAUGUCAUUGCUUUAGAAGCUUCUGAUAGGCUAAUUGACAUCAAUUGGAGGUGUACCUGUGGAUGUAUUUCAAGGCCUACCUUCAAACUCAGUGCCUCUUUGCUUGACAUCAUGGGAAAACCAAAAGAAAAAAAAUUGUAGACCUCCACAAGUCUGGUUCAUCCUUAGGAGCAAUUUCCAAACGCCUGAAGGUACCACGUUCAUCUGUACAAACAAUAGUACGCAUGUAUAAACACCAUGGGACCACGCAGCCGUCAUACUGCUUAGGAAGGAGACGCGUUCUGUCUCCUACCGAUGAACGUACUUUGGUGCGAAAAGUGCAAAUCAAUCCCAGAACAACAGCAAAGGACCUUGUGAAGAUGCUGGAGGAAAUAGGUACAAAAGUAUCUAUAUCCACAGUAAAACAAGUCCUAUAUCGACAUAACCUGAAAGGCCCAUCAGCAAGGAAGAAGCCACUGCUCCAAAACCGCCAUAAAAAAGCCAGACUACGGUUUGCAACUGCACAUGGGGACAAAGAUCUUACUUUUUGGAGAAAUGUCCUCUGGUCUGAUGAAACAAAAAUAGAACUGUUUGGCCAUAAUGACCAUCGUUAUGUUUGGAGGAAAGUUUGCAAGCUAAAGAACACCAGCCCCGUGUAGCUCAGUUGGGAGAGCAUGGCGCUUGCCACGCCCGGGUUGUUGGUUCGUUUCCCACGUGGGGCCAGUAUGAAAAGAAAAAAAAAGUGUGUGCGAGCAAGGAGGCCUACAAACCUGACUCAGUUACACCAGCUCUGUCAGGAGGAAUGGGCCAACAUUCACCCAACUUAUUGUGGGAAGCUUGUGUAAGGUUACCCGAAACGUUUGACCCAAGUUAAACAAUUUAAAGGCAAUACUAAUUGAGUGUAUGUAAACUUCUGACCAACUGGGAAUGUGAUGAAAUAAAUAAAAGCUGAAAGAAAUCAUUCUCUCUAAUAUUAUUCUGACAUUUCACAUUCUUAAAAUAAAGUGUUGUUCCUAAUUAACCUGAGACUGAAUUUUUACUAGGAUUAAAUGUCAGGAAUUGUGAAAAACUGAGUUUAAAUGUAUUUGGCUAAGGUGUAUGUAAACUUCUGACUUCAACUGUGUGUGUGUGUGAUAUAUAUAUGUAGUAUAUAUAUAAGUAUAUAUAUAAGUAUAUAUAUAAGUAUACAAAACAUCAAGAACACCUGCUCUUUCCAUGACAGACUGACCAUGUAAAUCCAGGUGAAAGUUAUGAUCCCUUUUUGAUGUCACUUGUUAUAUCCACUUCAGUCCAGAAAGUGGCGCAGCUCCUCUCUUAGUCUUUGGGGAGAACCCUGUGUCUUGUGUGCUUGGUGUGCCACUGCCACACAUUGCUUAUGUUAUUUUACUAUUUGUGUUGUAGAAACGUUCUAAGCAGAGAAAGCUGCAGCAGAAAGCUCUGCGUAAGAGACAGCUGAAGGAGCAGAGACAGGCCCGCAAGGAGAGGCUGAGUGGCCUGUUCCUCAAUGAAGAGGUGCUGUCGCUCAAAGUCACAGAGGAGGAGGACCGUGGAGAAGAUGUGGUCGACGUCUUGAUGUGACAAGAGUGAAUGAGUCAGUGUUCCCUCUAAGCCUCACAAUAACAUCUUCCACAAAUGUUGCAGGUGGUCCCACAUCCUAGAGCCCCGUUCACAUUGAAGCAAAGCUGCCCUAUUGGAAUCAUUCUGGAGUUCUAUUUUAUAUCCUUAGAACAGGACGCCUGCACAGAAUUCUAAAAACUGAAGCAUCUUAUGUUUACGAGAAACUCAUACUGAGUUUUCUUUUUCUUUAAUGUAUGAACAUUGGGAGAAUUAUUCUGCUGAGGCAAAAAAAUAAACUGAGCAUUAAUAUUGAAUAGGAGUAUUCAAGUAAAACUACUAAAUGUACUACCAAGAUUAACUUGAUGAUUCUGUGAUUCAUUUAACCUUGAAGGCGUAGAGGGAACACUGAAUCAAUGCAUGGUGAACUAACAGUUGACAUUAUGAGUUGUAAAUGCUUAUUAACAUAUUUUCAAUGGCUUCUUGAUAUGUUUUUUGUAUAUAAAUGCAGUUAAAUCUUAAAGAACAGUUUUUACAUAAAGGUUUCCCCUUAAGUUAAAAGUUGAAGGCCUACAUGUUCAUAAACACAACAGGGUUAAGUGGUAAUACAUAGUUGGCCUCUAACAGAUGCAUAGAAGUGCAACAUUGAAUCCUGCAUUGUCAAAAGUCUAAUUUAAUAAUUCACAGAAAUCUGUUUUUAUUUUCCUUGUGGUGUCUUUUGUGCAUUGGGGGGGGGAUAGGGUUGAGAAUUAAAUGUAAAGUAAUGCAGGUAUCCAGUGCAUUGCAAAUUAGAGAGAUUCCCAUGUUGUUGAAUACCAUGGAACUGUAGUAUGACUGCAUGGUCUUUAGAUGAGAAGGUAUUUCUUGACAUCUUUGCUUACUCUCCUUGGAUAUUGUGGUGGACCCCAUCCUGUGGAGCUACAGUAUUUACUCUUUCAACAUGAACACUUAACACUAACUACUGUACAUUAUAAAAUGUAUUUACCUAAAGAAGCUUUAUCAUCUGUAUACUUCGCUUUGUCUUUUUUCUGUAUAAAGUUACCCCUUUUGAGUAAUUAUAAAAACAAUAUAUUAGAUCAACUAGAUAUUGUGAGUAGAUCUUUAUUUUGAAUGGGGGAAAAAAUAUGAAAGCCAUGAAACAUAACUAUUUCUGUAUAUAUUGUACCAUUAAUUCUGGGGAACAAAGGUUACUGGACCAGGUUAGGGAUUAUUCAUUGCUGCUUUCUUGGGUGUCCAAUUUCAAGUUGCUGUAUAUGCCACAACAAUGUAUUCUUGACAUGAGCGAGAUAUUGCGAAAUGUAGUUGCAGAACAGAAGCAUACCAGAAUGCAGUUGUUUCUGUGUAAUAUACUCAAUUGUAAUGUAACGCAAAUUGAGAAAUAAAUUGCCAUCGAUGCAUCAAA